CAAGAUUAUUGUUUUGAUACAGACAAACUUGUUGUUAUAAUAAUUUGUAUGAUAAAAUAUUGUCUACUUUCUACCUUCUGAAAAUGAAUUUUUCAAUGUAAUGUAUCUAUGGUAAGUAGCGAAAAAGCUAGAAUAUUAUUUGUUCUCAUGCAGAUUUUUUUAUAAAAUCCUACACCUCUUUUCAUAUUUGGGUAGCUGAAAGUGUUCAGAUGUUUUAAAAAUUAAAAGUACUGAUUAAAUAUCAUCUCACAGUCAAUUAUUUUUGAGUAAGCAUGUAUUUGCAACAUUGUUAUUGCUAUAAUAAAUAUUAUGCAGUAUUCAGCAAAAGCAAUGUAUUAAUGAUAUUGUAAAAAAUAUUAAUAAAAAACAAAAUUAAUUCUGACAUAAGUAUCAUGUAAAGUAUAGGAGGAAGGAUUCGCAUAUUUAAAUUCAGUUAGAAAGGAACAUUAGCUUGAACUUGCUAAUAGAAGCCUUUCAUGUCAGUUGUAUAUUAUGUUAAAUGUAUUUGUCCAUUAUACAUUGGAAUAAGUUUAUAAAUUAGCAUAAAUAUGCUAAUAGCUGUACAAAAGCCACCCGUGUUAUACAAACACAAUAUAAAUUUUAAUUGUAAAUCACACAAACACAAAAAUUUUAAUAAAUUAAUUUUUAAUGAAAUGAUAUGUAUGUGGGACAUAACAAAAGCCACCAUCAUCUUACAUCAGGCAGACAGUCAUCACAAUAGCAUAUGUCAUCAUCACUCUGGCCCUUCUUGUCCUUCCUCCAUCUUUUGAGACGCCACCAAUCUUUAAGCCACUGCCACUCCAUCACCACACACUAUCUAUACACUUGUUUCCUAUCAUAGCAUAUGAUAAGCACACAGCCAACCUUGCCACCGAUUGGUUGACACUACUUUACACUUGAUAACUAAGAUAAACUUGACAUAAAUUAACAUACUACAUUACCUCACUUGUCAUUGUCAGCAUGUAAACCUAUAAAUAUUAUAAUCUAUUAUGUCCAUACAAUAUAGGAUAAUUUAGUGUAGCCACUAGCCAUCCAGCACUCAACAUGCAAGCAGUUAUGUGCUCACAAGUGUUAUCAGUGCUGUAUUAGUGUACAGUGGACAAUGAUAAUAUUAGCUGACUAAUAUUUAGUCUGGAUUCGUUUCACUUGAGUGACCUCACUACUAUUAGUGUUUGAAUUGUUAUUUUAUAUCUGUUUUAGUUUACAUAACACUAUCUCUAUUUCAUACCACAGUGCAAAAGGUCAUUGCUCUGCAAGUAUCUACGUCGAUCAUGUUUGAUUGGCAAAAACAACAUCAACAUCAAAAUGUAAACUUACUGAUGAUCUUAUUGGUACAAGAUUUCCGUCAUCUCCGACAUAAAAUUGGGGCUGAGUAGCUUGCCGCAACCCUUGAUAGCCAUGUUCGAGCUCAGUGUAUGACAUUACCUACAUACACCUGCCUAUUUCUGAAUUUUAAUUUAUCAAUAUCAUUAAUCAGAUCCUAAACACCGAUACCAAAUUAACUAAAAUAUAAAAUAGAAAACAAAAAUAUAAAAAUAUUUUCAAAAAUAUGUCCUGCACAGAUCAUACAAACAGAAUUAAAAAAAUUGAGUGACACAUCUGUUGAGAUCAAGUAUUCUGACCCUUGAACUUUUUAGUUUUCUGUCUAAAUAGAUUUUUUGUUUAUUUUAAAAUAAAACUUAUCAAAAUAACAUCACAAUAGUAGUAGGGUAAUAAAAUUUAAUAAAUAAGUAGGCUGUGAGAAUUAAUCAUUCGUUUUUAAUGGCACUAUCGAAAUCUUAGUUACUUUUGUCUUUUAAAUUCCUAAUAAUAUGAUAAGUCUUCUCAUAACUUUUCGUUACAUUCAUAAUAUCAUAAAUUAAAAGAAAAUAUUUCUUACUUUUACAUUUUAAUAUCUACAAUUGGAAAUACUCUUAAUUUAAAAAAAGUUAUUUUUUUUUGUUGUUUUUGAACGUAUUGUUCACCAAAUGACAGCAGUUAGGAAUCGUAAACAAGAAACAGCUGAUACCGUCAUUUUGAAAAGCAAGAAAACCAAAAACUUUGAAAGUUUUCAAAGGAUUACAUUUACAAGUUAAAAGUUGUAAUAAAAUAUAAUAUUACGCUAGUGUUAAUUUUAGUAUAUAGGAAACGUUGGAACAAUGACAGAAAUGACUAAAUCUUUGGAAACGGCGCUGACUUCACAUCUUUUUUGGGAAUCAAUUAAUAUUUUAUUAACAAAACCUCAUGUAAUUAAUAAGAGGUUAUGGGGCAGCAAAAUAUGGUUUAGAAAUACUUGUAAACCCAAAAGCACUCCAUUUAAACUGCCAGCAACUUUACAUCUGCUUAGUGAUCUUGUUGCUACUGACAAUGUUGAACAAUAUAAAAUUCAAAUCCUUAAUGAACUGGACGUUGAUAACAUAUUGCCUAAUACCUCUGAUAAUGAAGACCAAGUAGAAGUUCUUCUUAUGGAAUUACUUCCCAAAAACUAUUCUGAUAAACAAGGUUACCAAGUAGCUUGCUUAUGGAAGGAUAAAUCCUCAAUAACCUUUUAUGAUGUCACACCAUUGAACCAGGAACAAAAAUUAUGCCCAGAUUUUUCAUAUACUAUUCAGCUUAAUACCAGCCACAUUCUACUUACUGCUAUAAGUGAUGAAAAUUCCAAGUCAUUUAAAUGGCUUAGCAACACUUUGCUGCCUCAGCUUAUCAAGUGGGGAACUGAAUCAGAAAGCAGCACUAAGUCUAACAUGUGCAAUGAAUCAUUGUCACUUGUUUCUCAAACUAAGUAUUAUGAGAAGUACAAUGAUUUAAAGGUGAAAUAUGGCAAGGAAAUGGUCAAGAUUUGGCCAGAAUGUACAGAUGCCUCAAAAUUUGUGUAUGAAGAUGUGGCAAUAGCGGCUUAUCUUUUACUGCUCUGGGAGAGAGAGGAACCCAGGAGAAGCAAAUCCUUUGUAGACCUAGGAUGUGGGAAUGGUUUAUUGGUCUAUAUACUUUCCCAGGAAGGUCAUACAGGUGUAGGCAUAGAUGUCCGAAAAAGAAAUAUUUGGGAUAUGUAUCCUCCUGGAGUUGUUUUACAGGAAAAAACUAUUACACCUACAGAUACAUCAUUAUUUCCUGACAUAGAUUGGAUUAUUGGAAACCACUCGGAUGAGCUUACACCAUGGAUACCAGUUAUAGCAGCUAAGAGUUCAUAUAAAUGCAAUUUUUUUCUACUUCCAUGUUGUGCAUACAAUUUUGAUGGAAGCAAAUAUCAGCGCAAAAAUUCAUAUAAAAGUCAAUACAAUGAUUAUUUAGACUACAUAAAACAGUUAUGUGUUGCAUGUGGUUUUAAUAUAGACACAGAUAGACUUAAGAUUCCUAGCACUAAAAGAAUAUGCUUUGUUAGUAACAAUAGGAUAUAUCUACAAGAAGAACAUCCACAAUACUGCAAUAGAAUAGAUGACUUAAUAAAUAAGGAUUCUUCAAAUACAUUACACAAUAAAAAUAUAGAAAAAGAAUUUAAAGCCCGAGAACCAGUGGAGAGAGUAAAGAAUUGUACACAAAUAGACAAGUCUAUUGUAAAUUCCAUAGUUGACUGUAUAAGUAGGUACUUGCUAGAGGGUUGCUCAUCAGAAACCAACUGGUCUUUAGGAAAAACUGCAGAAUUUAGUGAAUUGAUACAUCUUAUACCUAAAGAACACCUAAGUACAUUAAAAUCUGAAUGUGGAGGAAUACAAACUCUCCUUAAGAAUAAUCAUAAUAUAUUUCAAGUCCAAUCUGGUAGAGUUGGGCUAAGAUAUCCAAAAACAAUAAAUGAAGUUAAUGCUGGUACCAGAAAAAGAAAAUUUAAUAAACAAACAACUAUAAAAGUUCAACAAAAACCAUGCUGGUUUUAUAAUAAUCAUCCAAAAGGCUGCCCAUUGAGUGAUUCAAUUUGUAGUUUUCUGCAUGUCAAAAAUAAAUAAAAAAAUAUAUAGAAAAAUAAAAAAAUGUUUAUUUAUUUUCAGUCCCAUUUCAUUAAAAUAAAUAAUUAUUAUCACCCAAUUUAUUUAUUACAAAUAAUAUGGAAAGUAUAGAAGAUUUGAUAAUAAGUUGCUAACUUUACAUAUAAAUUGGAUACAUUUUAAAUGUAAAUGCCUAAUAGAAUAUUUAUUUACUCAGUAAUAGAAACCUCUUUCCCAGCUCCAAAUAAUUUACUUAGAUUUUAUUCUAUCUGAAAUGCUUUAUUCAGUUCAGUCAAGUUCCUCUCAUCGAUUAAAGUUGCAAUAUCGUGUUCUCCCAUAAAGGCACACACCAUCCUCAAAGUUGUCCAAAUUGUUGAAGAACUAGUGUCAGUAGCAGCUGAUUCAGGAAACAUGCUCUUAGCUUUAUGUUGUUGGUUGAGUGCCACCAAGAAAUGCUCUGCUGCCUCUUUGUGAGCCCCUAAAUUCAUACAUGUGAUUCCAACAUUGUAUCUGGCUCGUAUAAAUCCAGGUUCCAAACCCAGGGCCUGACGAUAGGCAUCCACAGCUUGCUCUGAUUUGUCACUGUUUGCCAAAGUGGCUCCCAAUCUAUUCCAAAGCUUUGCAUUAUCCUUUGCUACCAUUAAAGCUGUCUGGAAACAAUCUACAGCUUUGUCAUAUUCCUGGCUGAUAUUGAAAACUACACCCAUAGCAUUCUGAACAUCAGGGUCGAUUUCAUUAACAUUUGAAUGUACUGCUUUAAGAUACAAUGACUUUACAUGACUCUCUAGUUCUUUAACUUCCAAUUUCAUUGGGUCUAUGUCUUCUGGCACAAGAUUAGAAUAUUUAGGACUGGCUUUUAGCCAAUUAAUUAAAGAGAUGUAAGCAUGCUUAGGCAUAUUUUCAUUGGUAUAUGCCGCUGCCAAUGUGAUAUAGCCUUCUAGUUGUGUAGGAUCAAUUUGUAAAGACUUUUUUAAAGCUGUUAUAGCCCAAGGAUCUUGUUCAUUUUCAGCUUGCGUUGUACCUAGCAGGUACCAGGCCUCUGCUGAAUCUGGCUGCUGUUGUGCAGCAGCUUCAAAACACAAGACAGCUCCAGGUACAUCACCCAUUUUUAAUUUUUCCUUUCCUAUUUCAAGAGCACUUUUGUUUUCCAACAUUACAUUGCCUUCAGAAAAGGCAUAUUCUUUAGCAAUCCCAUUUGCAGCUUCGGAGUCCCAGUAAUUAUUAACAUCACUGAGUUUCUCCCACUCUUCUUUGUAUUUUUCACUCAUCUGAUCCAAUAUGUCCUCCCUGCUCAUUUUUCUCUGUGUCUGAUCUGAAUCUGGAUCAUCACCUAGGCGGAUUUCUCCAGCGCUUAUCUUUUUCAUAAAGGACAUGAACUCAUUAUAUUCGAUGUCACUGUCAUUCUUCAUGGUAUUAACAUACUCUUGAGCUUUGCCUUGAACAUCAGCACUCGUCAGAUUUGCAACUUCUGCUUCAUUGAUAAAUUGUACCUGUAGAUUGGGCUUUGGCACUGCAUGCGGGAGAAGCAUAGGCUGCUGCAUCAUAGGAUAAUUUGACAUGACACUGUGUGUCAUAAAGGAAGGAGACGGUCCUGCUGUCCAUGACCUGUUCAUGUGGGUAUUAACAUCUGGCACGUAAGAUGAUGUCGAGGGACCAGGUGUAGUUUUAGCUUUGUUUUCUUGAGGCAAAUUAUUAAGAAGAGUAUUCAUAUUAAAGGUUUGUGGUGUCUGCGAAUUCUGUGCCAUAAAUUCGUUAACAAACCUGUCAGCCUGAGAUAGUGGUUGUGAUAGACCAGCAUCACGACGCACAAUAUUUGAUAGUUGCACUAGAGAAUUGUUCCCCCCACAGUCUCCGCCUACUAGUUUAUUUAGUGACAUCUUCUUGAACAAGUAGUAGCACUACACACUGAUACUAUACUUGGUAUCUUAUAAAAUCGAGAUUCUUAUUCAACAAGUUCGACGACUAUGAAAAUGUACAAAGUUCACAUAAACAAUAGUCGUAAAAUAUCAUUUGACUGGGUAGAACCAAGAAUGACGUUUAAGAAACCAGUUUAGAAACCACAGAAAAAUGAUAUGUAGAAACAAGACGAUUUAUCUAAUAACAUUCAAAUUGAUCACAAUCACUACCGGGAUUCUGUAACUGAUAAUCGCUACGGUUAGGGAAUCAGGAAGCCAUUUGUAGCUGCAGUGAUGCACUGGAUCAAUAAAUAUUCUGAAUUCUGAUAGGUACUAGUACCUUGUAG